GGAAAAGUUACGUUCGAACCGUCAGUCUGUAGAUUUAGAAACGCAUGUCCAACAGUCAGAUCAGAUACCAUAGCAAGAUGGAAUACUCACCAGUCGACGAAGCAGAACGAAUCUUCCACUUCAUCUGCAGCAAAGCAUCGCAGCUCGGUCUACCGGAUAUCAAAUACAAUGCAGUCUUUACCACCAUCCACAACAUCAUCUACUAUCCCAUCCCGUACAAAGUAACAGAAACCCUCGCCGCACUGAAAGGCAUAGAAGGAUGUAUAGCAUCCGCAAUCGCCAAUCUACAGCACCCACCAGAAGACAAUCAACGCACCGUGACUGUCAACCUCGAAAAAGCAACCAUAUUCGGCUUCCAGGCCAUCAUGGCCAAGGUGGAUGGUUCAUCCCAUGGCCAUCCUGACGUCAAAGCAAAGCUCAAAAAUACAGAUCUGCACGCUGCUCAAUCGAAUAUAUAUCGUCGGAUGGCGGUGAAUCUGUAUCAGACCAAGAACGAAGGGGAGUAUUUCCAUCUUCAUGGAUCGCUGGAUCCAUCUGCUACGCUGGAGAUGGUUGGGUUGCAAAGUCAUCGGCUGGAUUUGACGGAUGUUGAAGAGAUAUAUGCGUUGAUUCAGAGUCAUGUGCGACGAUAUAGUGCCGAGGAGUUGGAGGUGAUGAAUUCAGAUCGACGACAGGCGGGGGUGACUGCGUAUAAAUAUGAGGAUUUUAUCAAAACUCCGCAUGGCGCUGCCAAUAUCCACGAACCCUGGUGGUCAGUUUCUUCCAUCGAAACCAAAACACCACCAACUCCCUUUCCAUCAAACAGUCGAAGAAUCCUCCAAGGCAUCAAAGUCCUCGAACUCUGCCGUGUCAUCGCAGGCCCAAUCAUUGGACGAACACUUGCAGAAUACGGAGCAGACGUGCUGAAGAUCACAAGUCCUAAUCUCCCUGAUGUGCCGUUCUUUCAAGUCGAUGGGAAUAUGAGUAAACACACUGCAGAUCUUGACUUGAAGACAGACGAAGGAAGACGUCAAUUUGAAGUUCUGCUAAUGGAUGCCGAUGUGGUUAUUGAUGGAUAUCGACCAGGUGCACUGGAUAAGUUGGGAUAUAGCAUUGAUAACCUAACGGAACUGGCUGAAAGACGUGGAAAAGGAAUUGUCUAUGUCAGUGAGAACUGCUUUGGAUAUAGAGGCGAAUGGGCAGACCGUCCUGGCUGGCAACAGAUAGCAGAUUGCUUAACAGGAUUUGCCUGGUCCCAAGGCGCUUUCAUGAAGAAAUCCACUCCAAUCGUCUCUCCAUUCCCGAUAGCAGAUUAUGGCGCUGGCUGUAUGGGCACAAUCGCAGCUCUGACUGGUCUCUACAACCGGGCCAAAUACGGCGGCUCAUAUCACGGAAAAAGCUCACUGAUGCAGUUUAAUUUACUCCUCUUUGCCUGUGAGAAAUAUCCCGAGGCUAUUCUGAAUGAACUGCGGGAUGCACAGCCAGCAGAGUUCUUUGAACUGCGGUAUAGCGAUGGUGUUCAUCGGAGUUGUGCGUUGGCUUUGGAGAUUAUGAGGAAGCGGUUUCCUUGGUUAUUUACUUCUGAAAUGACCGAGAAAUGGUAUUCAGAUGGCUUUGAUGCAGAAAUUGAAGUUGCAAAACCAGUGGUGCAGAUUGAGGGUGUCGAAAAUAGCUUCUCGAGAGCCAGCAGGCCGAAUGGGACAGAUCGACCGUGUUGGGAGGAUUUCAAUAAUCCAAUUUGAUAUUCAAAAUUUCGACACUCUAUCUGUGAUUAGUGAAGGUUGCUGAAUUAUAGAGCUGCCCGGAGGUAUUCCCUCAAUGCAGACCUUAUAUCC